AGACAGUUUAAGGUCGCACGUACCAUCCAUCUUCUUCUUUCUUCAACCCCACAAUCUCUCUAAUUGAAUUCCUCCAAAUGAAACCUCGCGGAUUGCCAGCGUGGCAGGCUCAUCCCCUUUAUAUAAAUACAAAUCUCCAUCAACAUAACUAACCCACCAAUCUCAUCAUCAUCAUCAAAUUCAAUACACAGAACAAACUUUUGUUCCCUCCAAAACUCGAAUCCAAUCUUUUCAGCAAUGGAAACUACAAAAGCAACCAAGGGAGGAGCCAAGGGAGCCGGAGGAAGGAAAGGCGGAGACAGGAAGAAGUCGGUCACUAAGUCCGUCAAGGCUGGACUUCAAUUCCCCGUGGGUCGUAUCGCUCGAUUCCUCAAGAAGGGAAGAUACGCCCAACGUACUGGUACCGGUGCUCCCGUCUACCUAGCUGCCGUUCUUGAAUACCUUGCCGCUGAGGUUUUGGAAUUGGCCGGAAAUGCUGCACGUGACAACAAGAAAACAAGAAUUAACCCUAGACACGUUCAAUUGGCUGUGAGGAACGAUGAGGAAUUGGGGAAAUUGCUCCACGGUGUUACAAUCGCCAGCGGUGGUGUUCUUCCCAACAUUAACCCAGUUUUGCUACCGAAGAAGACUAAGUCUGCUGAAUCUGAGAAAACUGCAACUAAAUCGCCCAAAUCUCCCAAAAAGGCCUAAAUGCAUUAAUGGGAAAAGCUAGUUGAUAUGUAAUUGAAAUUAGGUCUUGAUUUGGUUUGUUGUAGAGAUUACUGCUUUUCGUUUGUUUUCUUUUCAAUCGCUUUAAAGAUUGUAUUUUUAGUAUUAGGUUGUACCCUUUGCUAAUCCUUUUUGGUUUGAUUAAUGGAAACUUACCUAUAUUUAUCAUUACCAUAA